AUGAAGCGCACCGCUAGCUCAGACACACUUGACGAACAGCCAUCCAGCCAGCUAAACUCCACGGAUCGGACCACCAAAGUGUCUACUACGAACGACUUUGCUCACUCGGCCCCGAAUCCCGCUACAAACAAACGUCCAUCCGGAGAUUCCACUGACGAGCACGAUCCCAAACGUUCUAAGAUGGCCAGCAUCGUCGAGGAUGAGGCUGCUCGUGAUUCGGCGCCUAUGAUCCUUCUUCACCAUCGGAGUGGACCUGCUAUGCAUGGUUUAAAGAGUGAUUUCAUCAAGGCAGAGGGGGAUCCUGCUGAUUAUUCCACGGAAUUCAUGCGAAGCGGUCUAUAUCGUGGUUUUACUCGUGUUUUAAUUCAAGGCGAUGUAGUCUCACUGUGGCAGUUUGAUCGCAUGGGGGUCAUGCGCUCUCGUAGGUUUUUUUGUGACCGGGGAAGACGGCAGAUACUCCUUUAUCUCGCUGUCGCUAUCGUUCAUUCCGGGUUCAAUAAGUUGAGCUUUCAGCUGAUGGUAGAUUACGCUAACCGCAACGCCUUCGAGUUACCUCCCUUCAUCGACGCGUAUCUAUGGCCUGAAGCACAAGACAAACUUCGCGAGCAGGAUUUCUUCGCUCAGAUUCGAUUCCUCUAUGAUUACCCGUCCUCGUACGAGGCUCUUCUGUUCGAUUGUAAUGAUACCGUUCUUUGUGUGGACCACGGUCUCCAAGUUUCCUCGAGCUGGCCUUUCGAGACCGAGCCCGCCCAUUCCUCGACGAAGGCCACGGCCCCUCCCUCGGUAGAUGACGCGUCUCCUGCCCCGACGAGCAACAGCUCCCCUCCUUCGAUAAACGAUACUUCUCCUCCUUCGGUGCCACACUCCUCUCUCACAACCAGCUUUGCGAUUACUGGAAGACCAAUCUACGCCCAGCCUGGUGUUACUGGACGGGGCACCGUCGUAUAUCCGCUUGCUCCUCCCAAAGAUGCGGACGACUAUGAUCCCAAGGAACUCCUGGUUGCGAAACUCAGCUGGCAACCUUCGGGUCGUGCGGCUGAAGCGAGAAUUAUACGUUGCAUCCGCAAGGCGAUCCCAGAUCGCUGGAGAAACCAUGUCACAGACGUCAAGUGCUCCAAACAGGUGACCGCGAAGGCGAUGGCUCUGCCCAGGGUGAAGUUGAUGGGGAAUAUUACGGAGAGUAUGAAGAAGAAGGAGGAGGUUUCAGAGGCUGCACAGAUGAAAAGGUGGGCGAAAUGCAGGAGAGAACUGCGAUUCGAACAAGAGUGCGAAGGGGUCUAUGAUGCUUUCGAAGAGCGCGACUUCCGCGUUAUAGUCACUACGCGUUACUUGCCGUUGCAAGAGGUGAAGAAUGCGGACGAGUUCGUGACGGUCUUCAAGGAUGUCGUGAAAGACCCACCGAAAGACACCAUUACUGCAGGCAUGAAAGGUCUUCUCGCGAGCUUGAUCUCCCCAAUAAUGAAGGGGAUGCGCGAUACAAUCCUGCGGCGCCUUUUGGAGAGACGAUCUCCCCGGUCUCCCUUGGUCGAAAAUGAUCUCUUCGUGUUCUCCACUUUCAUGAGGGUAUUGGAACCAGAUGUACCGAACCCAGAGGAGGCCGUAUGGGUGGACUGA